AUGGUCCAAGAAUCCGGCAAGAACCUCUGGGUCGCAGCUUCAGAUGGCGAUCUCGAAAGAGUCCAGUACCUGAUAGAGAACGAAGGCUGUACUCCCAAUGACAAGGACUCCAACUCGUACACCCCCAUGCAUGCCGCCGCAUCCUACGCCCACAUCCCCCUCCUCACCUACCUCCUCACUUCUGGUGGCAACCCCAACAUCACAGACGACGACAACGAGACUCCCCUUUUCGUUGUUGAAUCCCUCGAAGUUGCUCAAUUCCUCGUGGGCAAUGGAGCCGAUCCGGCGUGGAAGAACAGCGAGGGGGUGACCGCUGGGGAGCAGCUGGAGGAGGAAGCUCCGGAGGUUGCUGCUUAUCUCAAUGGCCUGACGGGUCUGGGCGGACAGAUCGAUGAGGCGGCCGAGGUGGGCGACACUUCGGGCGACAUAUCACAGCUUGCGCUGGACAACUUUACUGCCACCCAAACGUCGGCCUUGAUGGAGGAAGCGCAGAGAAUAAUGGAGCAGUGUGCUGCAGAGGGUGUCGAGCCUGAUGAGAGACUGAGAGAAGUAGUAGAGCGUGCGGUCCGGGAUGGCAUGGCGUUCGGUCAAGCGACUGGGGAAGGAGAAGAAGUCGAGGCUGCUAGCCAGGGGGACUCUUCCAGCAAGAGGGCUAGGGAGGAAUGA